GUUGCAACCUAAUCCACGCUUUAUUCAACGCGACCACGUUCCCAACUUCAUAACUGUGAUUCCUCUCUAGUCGAAAGGACCUAAAAAUUGAUCAUCUCCCUCGAUCGACUUGAGUUCAUCUGGAUAUUCCAUCGACUGCAAAUAUUGACCGAUAAAUCAUGAUAUUUUUUAAUAACGUGAAUAUUUAAUAUUUUAGUGAUAAUAUUGAGUGCCUUUGGAUUUUUUAUUUCGAGGAAACAUUUUCGUCUGCUUAAAUUGUAUCGAAAAUCAGCAGCUGCUGUAAAAAUAACAAGCUUAUUGAACUGUGACCAAAGAUAAAUAUUUUGGACUAAAUUUGUAGACAUCUGCAUAUUUAAUAUACACCAUGUAUAAAACAGAUUCGGAAUUCCUGUCGAACAAUCUGAAAUUCGCCCCACACCUUUCAAUGGAAGAUAGUGCCAGUGAAGGUGUUCUGAUGGAAAGAGUGAGUAACGGCCGAGAAUGGCUCUCACACAUCUCCGCAUCAUCCCGAAGGAGGCGGGAAGCUCUCCUCAUCAAGCAACGAAAAGAGAAGAUGCGCAGGAAGAGGAUGGUUAAACGAAUAGAAUACCAGAGACUACGGAAUAUGGUACCCUCCAUUGCAGCUAAACCCCUCGUUUCCAAAGUUACUGUAAUCGAAGAAGCAAUUCGAUAUAUCGAUUAUUUACACGCUGCUCUUUUGACUAGAUUGCGAACAAAAGGAUUACCCAGUUGUUUAAGUGGCAUUGAUGUCGAUGUCAAUCAGCUAAAUUUAGAUGAUAUCAAAGAUCUGGUUUGCCAGUUAGUCGAAAAAAACAACCAACUGAAAAAACAGGGUAAAAGCAACGACAGCAACAGGCCGACAAGUCAACGAGAAAUCGACUGUAGCUCACCCGUCUCCAUCUUUGAAAGAUCCCGGCUUAUUCCAUCCUACUUGACCGCAAAAAGACCGAUGCCAAAAAGGACGUGAAGUCUUCUCUAGUAUUAAUGAUUUUUAAAUGACAGCUUAUAUGAGUCAUUUACAGAACUAUAUGCAGCUUUUGACAUCAAAUCUUCGUCCUAUACAGCUGAUUCUACAACACUGGUAGAAGAAUUGCUUAUUGUAUUUGUGUACAUAAAUUCAAUAAUACAUAUUGCUUUACACUAGGCAAAUGGACUAUUAUCUUAUACCUUGUACAUAUAUAUAAAAAAAACUCGUCUUUCUGUAAAUAGUAUUUUGUACAAAGUUUUACAUUUUAUAAAUAUAUAUAUUAUAUGAUUGGGCUGCAUCUAUUUAAUAUGGCCCCUUUUAUGCAUAUAUUUUUAAUAAAAAUAUGUGUAUUUUUA